AUGGCUGAAGCCCUCAGAGACUUGCUCGGCUUGGAUGCGCCGUCUGAUGCUGCGGAUCUAGAAUUCUUGGAGUAUCUCGAGAGCCUCUCGCUUGAGUCCGUACUCUCGUCUGAGCCUCAAGCACUUGCUCAAAUCUCACAAUCGAUGCUGCGUUCCAUACAGGCCCUGUCCAAGCGAUCUCACAAAUACAUGGUGAAUUCAGCAAUUAGGCAUUCCUCUCUACAAGAAACAAUACGAGACCUCGACCUGAGGGCAUGUGAGCUCACCGCAACUGUACCUCGCCUCGACGCCGAAGCCGAACGUUUUUCCAGAUCACUUAGCAAAUCAGGCGGUAGUCAGAUCUUGGCUCAGCGAAAAGAGGCCCUUCAUCUUCUCGAAAAUUCCGAGCGUAUCGUCGAUCUUUUGGAGCUACCCGCCCUUCUACUCUCUGCUGUUACCGCCAGUCCUCUCGGAUACUCCACAAGCCUGGAUUUGUACGGCCAUAUUCGACGACUUUCGUCCCUCUACCCAGAAUCAGAGCUUGUGAGAUCUGUCAGGUUGCAGGCAGACGAUGCAAUUCGUCAGCUCGCCAUUGAUUUGAUCACGUCGUUGACGACCCCCAACCUGAAACUCGCGGCGGCGCUCCGCACCACUGGAUGGCUGAAGCGAAUUGUUCCAGAGUUGGUCCCAGAUUUGCCUGCGGGGGAUUCGUUGCCCGCCGUAUUUCUGAUCUGUCGAUUCUCCAAUCUCAUAACAACUCUGGAGGCAUUAAACCCCCUGCGAGAGCUCGCUGAUGAAGAACGCCGGCGUCAGCAUAGCGCAGGCCAAUCUUGGUCUGGUGGCCAGCAAACGGAGCGCUUCUUGAAGAGAUUCAUCGAGGUGUUCCGAGAGCACAGUUUCAACAUCAUAUCAAUCUCGAAGAACGCGGGGGUGGCGAACCCCUCCAAGUCCAGCCAUCAUUUUGUUUCCGGUCUAGGGUCUGGCAUGUCUACUGCUAUAAUAUUACAGCCUCUCGAUCUUUUGAAAACGAGAGUGCAGCAGUCCGGCCAACCAACCUUGUACAAGUCAUGGCUGGAGCUACGUCGCUCCCCUAAUCAGCUCCGGGCUUUGUGGAGAGGCACUCUCCCGUCUGCGAUUCGCACAGGAUUUGGCUCUGCGCUCUAUUUCUCUUCACUCAACGCCAUCCGCCAAUAUGCGGCUCGCUCAAACGUGCCAGGGACUGGCCAGGGCGGCAUGGCUGGUUCUACAGCAUUGCCCAAGCUAUCGAAUACGGCGAAUCUACUUUCCGGGGCCGUGGCGCGAACCUUGGCCGGAGUUGUCCUCAUGCCUUUAACUGUUAUUAAAGUACGAUUCGAAUCCAGUUUGUACUCGUACCCCUCCCUCUUCAGCGCGGUGAAGGAUAUCAAAGGGCGAGAGGGCUUCCGCGGCUUCUUUUCGGGAGUUGGUGCUACAGCAAUGCGUGAUGCGCCGUACGCUGGUUUAACUAGCUCAAACUCAGAUGCCAAGACCGUUAUGGGCACUCCCUUGGCAGGCUCCAUCAACUUCGGCUCUGCAAUUCUGGCCGGCGCCGCAUGCUCCGUCGUCUCAAAUCCUUUUGACGCAGUAAAGACGCGCAUACAGCUCCAGCCACAAAAUUAUCGCAAUAUGGGUCAGGCUUGGUACAAGAUGAUCACCGAGGAUGGGUUCAGAUCUCUUUGGAGUGGCUUGGGAUUGCGCAUGGGACGCAAGGCUCUCAGCUCCGCUUUGGCAUGGACAUUGUAUGAGGAACUCAUUCGAAGAUACGGGUCAUUGUAA